AUGGAUUUUCAGGGCAGUAAUUCAUUCAACAUACAGACUUGGAAUUUGGAAUAUUGGAACUUCUACCGUGGCAAUACUUUUGUUGUGCUUCAUUCAAAACGUAGCCCAGAAGAUUUAGAAGAUCGUUUUUCAAAACUCAUUGUUGUUGAAGGCCUCAAUCUUCAAAAAUAUCCAAUCAUUCAAUUCUACGGAGGAAAAGUAAAGAAUCACAACUGCUUCAAUGGCAACGUACUAAGUCGAAACAAUAUUCCUCAGAUAGGAAGAAGCUAUGAAGAAAUUCUGGAUAGAAAGAAGUUCAGAAAACGAAAUCUUACGAAAGCAUCAGUUCAUAACGUCGUGAUACGGAACAACAAGCUCUUCGUCAAUCCUAUUUAA